AUUCUAGCAGUAUUAAUGACACAAUUAUCUCUAUUCACACCACGGCAGUGUGAAACCUUCAUGUUCAGAUGUGUGGCUGGAGGCAGGUGUAUCCCGUCACAGUGGCGGUGUGACAGUGAGUUAGACUGUGGUGACGGCAGUGACGAGGAUGGAUGUAACGUCACAACUUCCCCUCCGAACGAAAGUCCACUAACACUGUGUCCAGACAACCAGUUCAAGUGUCUUCAGGAAGAUCUCUGCAUCCCGGACUUCCUCACGUGUGAUGGCAAGAACGACUGCACUGAUGGCAGUGACGAGCUACUGUGUCUCACUACUAUAAUCACAGAGAUUCCACAACAGAUUAGGUGUGGUGAGAACAAGUUCCAGUGUGUGAGCAAUGGUGUGUGUAUCUCCGCCCAGUGGAGGUGUGAUAACUAUAGUGAUUGCCUGGACAACAGUGAUGAAUUGGGCUGCAGCACCGAAUCCUUCUUAACUUCUCCCUCGUCUACAAAAAUUCCUCAUCCAGUCACGCUGCUGCCAUCACCGCCGCCACCAAUACCACCAACAACACCUCCACUAACAUCUACCACGGAAAAUACUGGAAAUCUAUUUAGCACAACACCUGUGCCUCCCAAGAUCGGGUGUGGUGAGAACAAGUUCCAGUGUGUGAGCGAUGGUGCGUGUGUCCUCGCCGAGUGGAGGUGUGAUAAAUAUAGUGACUGCCUGGACAACAGUGAUGAAGAGGGCUGCAUCCCUGGAAUCUUCACCAUUCCCUGGUCCACAAAUAUUCCUCCUCCUGUCCUGCUGCUGCCAUCACCACCACCACCACCACCAUCACCGCCACUAACAACUACCACAGAAAAUACUGGAAAUCUAUUGAGUACAACACCUGUGGCUACCAAGAUCGUGUGUGGUGAGGACAAGUUCCAGUGUGUGAGCGAUGGUACAUGUAUCCCCACCCACUGGAGGUGCGAUAACUAUGGUGACUGCCUGGACAACAGUGAUGAAAAGGACUGCGAUACCGGAUCCUUCACCUUUCCCUGGUCCACAAAUAUUCCUCCUCCUGUCCUGCUGCUGCCAUCACCGCCGCCGCCACCACCAUCACCGCCACUAUCUACUACCACAGAAAAUACUGGAAAUCUAUUGAUCACAACACCUGUGGCUCUCGAGAUCUGGUGUGGUGAGGACAAGUUCCAGUGUGGGAGAGAUGGUGCGUGUAUCCCCGUCCAGUGGAGGUGUGAUAACUAUGUUGACUGCCUGGACAACAGUGAUGAAGAGGGUUGCAACACCGGACCCUUCACAUUUCCCUGGUCCACAAAAAUUCCUCCACCUGCUCUGCUGCUACCAUCACCACCACCACCAUCACCAUCACCACCACCACCACCAUCACCGCCACUAACAACUACCACAGAAAAUACUGGUAAUCUAUUGAUCACAACACCUGUGGCUCCUGAGGUUUAUUGUUACGAAGGUAUGUUCCAGUGCUCGCCCAAUUCACCUUGCAUCCCAGAAGCCUGGAAGUGCGACGGGGAAAAUGAUUGUUCAGAUGGUAGUGAUGAGGAGAACUGUUACCAGUUUACUUGCCCCGAAGAUAAGCUGCAGUGCCCUGGGCACGAAAUCUGCAUCCUGGCGUCGUGGAGGUGUGACGGCAUCACAGACUGUCCCGACAAGAGCGACGAAUUGUUAUGCGCCACUACACCACAGGACACCCUCUACCACGAGUUCCCGACACCAUCGCCACUACCACCAUCAACACCACCACCACCAACGGAAUUUGUCACCUUGCAGACUACCACACCACAACCAACAACACCACAAAUGACUUCGGAAAUGCCACCAACCCACUUUGAGCACCUAACCACACCAGAAACCACAACAGGAGUGACAACGCCUCAACCCAAUACAUCGUCCAGCACCCCUGGGGACCAGUGUGACAGCAGCAUGUUCCGGUGCAUGAAAAGCGGAGGCUGCAUCUGGCCCAUCUUCGUUUGCGACGGCGUCACCCACUGUGACGAUGGUACAGACGAAGAGAACUGCACCCCGCCUCCCCAGAAAGCAUGUACGGAGAGCCAGUAUGAUUGCGGCGGUAAGGGCGGAUGUAUCAUGCUUCACUUCCGCUGCGACGGCUUCCCUGAUUGUCCCGACAAUUCGGACGAGAUGGGAUGCUCCAAUGAUGUUCCCGACCUUAAGAGUACUCCUGACCUUCCCACUGUCUACACGGUGCCUUCGACCACAACCACCACCAGCCUCCCGCCAUUAACCAUCACCGUCACCCCACCGAUCACCACCACCUACUUACCACCAACCAGUUUCGCCGAUUUCCCGUCUACCGCAAUCCAACCACAGCCCACCAUUACCACAAGAGCCCUGGCAGCCGGAGCCUGCCUGCCGGAGUUGGGUCAGUUUCUCUGCAGGGUGGACAACCUAUGCCUGCCAGCCUCCAGCGUCUGUGACAAGAAACACGACUGUGCUGAUGGAUCUGACGAAGGUCUCGGCUGUGAGAUUCCUUGUCCCAUCAACACCUGCAGCCACGACUGCAUGGUCACGCCCAACGCCUACCAGUGCACCUGUCCUCCUGAGUUCUUCCUUGACAACAACACCUGCAUGGAGGGGCCCCCACCAGCCUUCCUGCUUGUUACGAUGGGUCGACGUCUGGAAGCAUUCUCCUUAGACGGCAUCAGGAACUUUACCAUCGUGGCUAACAAUAGUGCUGAGAUGCGUGGUGUGUCGUACGACCCUGUGGAGGAAGCAGCGUGCUGGAGCGAGGGUGAGGCUGGCCAGGUGUACUGCCAGAAACUGAGGGGACAACACUCUGGGCCACAGCUCGUAAUCAAUGAACCCAAGGCGAGGUUUGAGGGAGUGGCUAUUGACUGGCUGGGGAGGAAUGUGUAUGCAGUUGACAGCCUCAACAGGCGCAUCCUUGUAUGCAGCCUGUCUUCAGCAUCUUCCUCUUCCUCCUGUACUACCUACACCACCUUUACUUCGGGUGUCGACUCUCCCAAAGCAAUUCAACUCGACCUCAAAAAAAAGAUGAUGUACUGGACGAGUAAGGAGGGGUCGACAAUACACCGUGCUGGUAUGGAUGGUUCAAGUCUGCAACAGGUGGUGGGAACAGACUCAAUACUCUCCCGACCAUCUGCCUUAACUCUUGACCAAGUGAAUCAUCACCUCUACUGGAUCGACAAUGGCAUGCAGCUACUGAAGGGCCUCAGUUAUGCUACAGAAUCAAAUGCGUCAGUGGAGACGGUGAUGCUGAGAAACGUGAAUGCUUUUGACAUGACCUUCUGGCAAGAGCGCCUCUACUGGACGGAUAACGCACGACAACAGGUGAUGAUGUGUAGCAAGAGAGACUGCUCAGACCUCCAGCCCUUCCAGACACUCGUCCAGCCCAUCAGUCUCAACGCCUGGAUCACAAUCCACCACCCCGAUAGCUUCACUCAGGCUGAAAAUCCCUGCAACACGAGUUCCUGCAGUCACCUGUGCUUGCUGUCCCCUGAAGCGGCCUUCGGUCAUGUCUGCUCGUGUCCCGACAACCUGACGCUCAAUGCUGACUCCUUCACCUGCGGCUCCACCAGCCCCAACGUCUUCCCUCCUGAGUUCCCUGACUUCUUGAACUUCCUGGGAUAAUAUACCUCUGCCUCCAAGAGGAGUCACCAACAGCCUGAGUGGUCACGAUUACCCCACCGAGGAUAAAGUCUCCGAAAGUUCUCUUACACAUUUUUUUCGAAUGUAAAUACUGCACAUGUACAUAAAGAAAAUAAUAAUGAAAAUAAUAAUAAUAAUAAUAAUAAUAAUAAUAAUAAUAAUAAUAAUAAUAAUAAUAAUAAUAAUAAUAAUAAUAAUAAUGAAAAUUAUAGUAAAAAUAAUAUCAGCAACAACAACAACAACAACAACAACAACAAUAAUAAUAAUAAUAAUAAUAAUAAUAAUACUAAUACUAAUAAUAAUAUUAAUAAUAAUAAUAGUAAUAAUAAUGCACUAAUUCUCGCUCUGAGUAACCCACAUGGGUUUGCUAAUUUAAAGAGCUAAACCAGUAUGGAUCAUUCCAUAGAAUAAGAGCUUGAUGCUGGAUCCUUCUUCGACCCACACGGGUUUAGUGCCUAAAGCACACAUAAUAAUAAUAAUAAUAAUCUGAGUCACUAUUUUCAACUAGAUAAAUUAACAUCUAUAAGAAUAACCAUAACACAUAAGGCAUGAUAUAACAGCCUGGCUGAUCGGAGACCGGGCGGUGGAUGGAGCCUUGUUGGUAGACUGAAUGGCUCACACGGGUUUAGCACCUCGUGACAAAGAAAAGAACAUAAACCGGAUAUUUUUUUAAAGCCAUACGAGAUUUAAAAUUUUAUUUCGUGAAAAAGCAAAACACUGGUCAUAUGUAGGUCGUUAAACGUAUGGAGUUUUGUAGGCUCGAUCCUCUGUUCACUAAACGCGACUCGGUAAAUAUAUAUAUAUAUA